CGCACAGCUGUUAGAAAAGCAGAAAGAAUCGUUGAAAAGGGAAUAAUUACAUAAAAAAACACACUGACCGGCAACUUUGGACCGCUUCUCCCGAAGUUUCCACCGAAAAAAGAUCCCGUGCAGAAUUACCGGGAGUUAGACCUGCAUGUAACCAAAGCAUGAGUGGUUACCAAUACCUGGACGUGAAGCUAAAACUCCGUGAUCCAGAUUCCGUGACCUUGACGCCCGUUUUCCUCUGCGGCUGCAUCCUCAACUCCUUGGCCAGUAUUUUCGGCGAAAUCGGUGGCCAAACCGCGCUGGAAAUCGUGAAAUUCAGCUCUAGCCAAAAGCGAUCAAUUUUCCGGGUGCCCGAGGCUUUCCUGGAACGCGUACGCAUAGCCAUAUCCCUGAUAGGCUACUACCAGGAGGAGCCUUGCCAUUUCCAGGUGCUCAGCACAUCCCGGAAGCCAUUGGAUUUCGAGGAACCCGACGCGGAAUUCAUAGCAUUUAACUAGAAUGUCGUUUUCCUACUGCAAGGAGUACGGCAAGGAC